AAGUAUUAAGGAUGUACACGUAUUGAGAAUGUAGGCUACAGAAAUUUUCAGACAGAUAGAUACAUAAAUCCGUAUAAUAGAGACAGAGAAACAGAAAAAGAGAGAGUCACGUUAAUCCUGAGAUUUUCCUCCAUUUGUCUGAAGCUCUUCAUCCUUCAACACUACCCCCACAUCUCACCUUUCAAGUGAUUUGUAUGUUUUCGGGAGGGAUUGGAAUGGGCAACCCGGAUAUGUGAACAGAAACCACGACAUUGGGAAAAGAUUUAUUGCAAAAAUUGUUUUGAUUGUUUUGGAUUUUGUGGUAGAAAAAGGGGAAGAACAAAAAUGGCGUUCGGGUUGUCUUCUUUGCUCCAAAAUUCGGAUUUGUUCACGUCUGAUCAUGCUUCCGUUGUGUCGAUGAACCUCUUUGUGGCGUUGCUUUGCGCAUGCAUUGUUCUUGGCCAUCUACUCGAGGAGAAUCGCUGGGUGAACGAAUCCAUUACUGCCCUUAUAAUUGGUUUGUGCACCGGAGUUGUAAUUUUGCUCCUUAGCGGAGGAAAGAGUUCACAUCUUCUCGUCUUUAGCGAAGAUCUUUUCUUUAUAUAUCUCCUGCCACCUAUAAUAUUCAAUGCGGGGUUUCAAGUGAAAAAGAAGCAGUUUUUCGUGAACUUCAUGACAAUUAUGCUGUUUGGAGCUAUUGGCACACUUAUUAGCUGUUCUAUUAUAUCAUUUGGUGCGGUCAAAAUUUUCAAGCACUUAGACAUUGACUUUCUGGAUUUUGGAGAUUAUUUAGCAAUUGGUGCGAUAUUUGCUGCAACCGAUUCUGUUUGCACAUUGCAGGUGCUCAGUCAGGAUGAGACGCCCCUACUUUACAGUCUCGUGUUUGGAGAAGGGGUCGUCAAUGAUGCUACAUCUGUGGUCCUUUUUAAUGCUAUUCAAAGUUUUGACAUGACUAGUUUUGAUCCAAAAAUUGGGCUUCAUUUCAUUGGAAACUUCUUGUAUUUAUUUCUCUCGAGCACUUUUUUGGGCGUGGGAAUUGGACUGCUUUGUGCUUAUAUUAUCAAAAAGCUAUACUUUGGCAGGCACUCAACCGAUCGUGAGGUUGCCCUUAUGAUGCUCAUGUCUUACUUGUCUUAUAUAAUGGCCGAGUUAUUCUAUCUAAGCGGCAUACUUACUGUAUUCUUCUGUGGAAUUGUCAUGUCUCAUUAUACCUGGCACAAUGUUACCGAGAGCUCAAGGGUCACUACUAGGCAUUCCUUUGCAACUCUGUCAUUUGUCGCAGAGACAUUUAUCUUCCUCUAUGUUGGUAUGGAUGCCUUGGAUAUCGAGAAAUGGAAAUUUGUGAAAAAUAGUCAGGGACUAUCAGUUGCAGUGAGCUCAAUAUUGGUAGGCCUAAUCUUAGUAGGCAGAGCUGCGUUCGUAUUCCCCUUGUCGUUUUUAUCCAACUUAGCAAAGAAAAACUCUUCGGACAAGAUAUCCUUUAGGCAACAAAUAAUAAUUUGGUGGGCUGGCCUAAUGAGAGGCGCCGUCUCAAUAGCACUUGCGUAUAAUAAGUUUACAACCUCGGGGCAUACGUCAUUGCACGAGAACGCAAUAAUGAUUACAAGUACUGUUACGGUUGUUCUGUUCAGCACAGUUGUAUUCGGGUUGAUGACGAAGCCUCUGAUAAACCUUCUGCUACCCCCGCACAAGCAGAUGCCAAGCGGUCAUUCGUCAAUGACAACAUCCGAACCCAGUAGUCCGAAGCACUUCACGGUGCCACUCCUGGACAACCAACCUGACUCAGAAAGCGAUAUGAUAACCGGACCUGAGGUUGCUCGACCAACUGCCUUGCGCAUGCUGCUAAGGACGCCAACCCACACCGUGCACCGCUACUGGCGUAAGUUUGAUGAUUCGUUUAUGCGUCCCGUGUUUGGCGGGCGGGGAUUCGUUCCGUUUGUCGCGGGCUCACCAGUUGAGCAGAGCCCUAGAUGAGGUACAAAGUACAAACAAGACACUGUUGCUGGGUGAAAUAGUGUAAGUUGUAUCAUAGUUGAUUCUGGUUGCCCCUCUUAUGAAAUGGGCUGGGUGAAAGUCUUCUCACUAGCUAGGUUGCAUUGCAUUGCUACUUCAUAAAUGUUUUAUUUUAUUUUGUAAAUGUUGGUGCAUUUUAGGUACUUGUAUUAACACCUCAUUUGUAGCAUAUUAUUUGGUACAGAGUAUUUUUUUUAUGAAACAAUAAUGGCUGAAUUAUCAAUUUGGCUCUAUGUUUUGAUGCUUA